AUGGAUAAAUGCAUCCUUCUACUUACGCUCUUUACUGUAAACGCAAAUAAUUUAUUUCUACUUCAUCAACCGAACUUCAAUGAUUUAUAUAUUAGCGAUUAUUUGACGUUAGAGAGUCUAUCACAGAUUCGUACAUUAACAUCGUGUGCCUAUAGAUGUGUCAUAAAUAGAGGAUGUGUAUCAGUGUUUUAUGAUAAGAAUACCAAACAAUGUGAUUUAAAAUCUGUACUAUACCCGGUGACAGACAAUAGUUUUACUCAGAUCGGUUCACGGUAUUAUAGUGUUUAUGAAGAAGGUUGUCCUAAAGACUUUAUCAGAAACAGAAAAUACCACCUAUGUUAUAAACCGUAUUUUGAUACAAUCGAGUGGAUAUAUGAUGGUAUGAGCAACUGUGACGUCGGUGGUUAUGUCUUGCUGAGAGCUAACACAGUUGAGGCCUAUCGCCAUGUAUCGGAUCAACUGAUGGUCACACCAGAAGGCGAUGGAUAUGGAUACUAUGUCGAUGGAAGUGACGAGUACACUGAAGGUCACUGGAUAUUUGAAGAUGGAACCCCAAUGACAGCGUUUAUUUGGGGAGAUAAUGAACCCGAUAAUAGUACCUAUUCAGAUUUUAUUUAUCUUAAACGCAGCAACGGUAAAUAUAUAAUGUCCGACACUCAAAAUGAAUUGUAUGGCGAUUAUAUUUGUCAAAAAAGAAUGAACGAGGAAGAAAAUUUAAUAGGGUUGAUGGCUCUUAAAUGA